UAAAUAUGUUAGAGGUACAUAAAGGCAGAACAACUUGAGACCUGCAAGUGGAUGUGUCUAUGUCAUUAACAGUGUCAUAAUUAAUUAGCAUUUGAAAAUGUCUCUCCGUUUAGUUUUGAGUCUGGCGUUUGUAGCCGUUGCUUUCAGCAAAGUUUUAGCAUUAAGUGACGAAGAAAAAGCAGCGAUCCACGGAUCGGUGUUGAAGUUUGUCCAGGAGUGCAGUACAGAGUACAACAUCUCGGAGGAGAAGCUGAAGGAAGCAAAGGAGAAGAAGAGCACUGAGGGAAUCGAACCUUGUGCCAUCGGCUGCGUCUUCAAGAAAGCUAAGUUUAUAAACGACCAAGGCCUCUACGAACCAGAAAGGGCCAAAGAAAUCGGAGCCAAAUACGUUAACGCUGAGGAAGAUAGGAAGAAGUACGCAGAGAUUGCAGACGAGUGCGCUUCAGUGAAUGAUGAAUCUGUGUCUGAUGGAGAUAAGGGCUGUGAACGCGCCAAGCUCCUACUGGCUUGCAUGGCUAAACACAAGGACGCACUCCAGAUCUAAAUUAUCCUGACAUUAAGUAACCGUAGGCUAUGAAGAGAUUUCGGCAAUCGAUGAAAUUGAAGAAACUGUGAUUUUAGUGAAUCUAAAUUUUAUGACUACUCCUACUCAAUAUUAUGUUACUCUUGUCGAUAAUGGAUAUCUGUUGUCUAAUACUAUCACUGUUUGCUACUGUCUAUAAAUACAUACAUUUUUAAGUUGGAA